CAAACAGCAGAGCUGUGGCUUAGAAAGUUCAUCUGUGGCUUCUCUUUAAAACUAAGGCGUGCCUCUCUGAAUGGAUUUUCUCUGAAAGACAGCACUUGAGUUCUAAACUUGAGAAUUCAUGGUUUUCAUGUAGUUUUUUUGUUUCAUUUUCUUAAUCCUUAUUUUGGUUGCAGCAGAAAGCUGCAGGAUAAGAGUCAAGCCAGGAUCCAAGGGCAUGUGCCAGGUUUGCAGACCAUACAUGGGGCUGUUCCCGGCAGCCCUGUGGGAUAAAUCCAAGGCAACAGCCAUCAAUAAUUGCUAGAAACAGACUGAAAAAGAGCAGGACAGAGUAUUAUCUUCUCUGUUAAACAUUCCGACCAGAAAUAAGAGGAAGAAGCAGGUAUCCUCUCAGACCCUCAGGGGAAAAAUGAAGCGACUGUUGCAUGAGUCAGAAGAAAUCACAAUCACCCUGGGACCCUCCUCCUUGCUCUCCCCCGGUAAGGCUAAGGCAGAGACCAUCUGUGGCAUCAAGAACAAGUCCUCAGGUUCUGCUGGAUCCUCACUAGAGGACAGUUCUCUGCUCCCUCACUGUGUGUCAGUAGUGGCAGCCACUGGUGGGAAUAGAGAUGGGGGCAUGGCCCAGCAUUGCAGCUUUGAGCAGCAGGCCAAAAGCCAGCUUCCUCUGGGCUCCACUGCCUGUGUGUCAGAGUCUGGUUCUCAGGACCUCUCAACUGUCAGCAUUAUCAUGAGCUGUCAAGAGCCCUCAGAGAAGAACCAUACCAAGCCUCUUUUGUCCAGAGGUCCUGGCCAAGGCUGCAGCUGUGAACAGCGAGAGCCUUUGGGGGAUGUAGUGGAAUAUAUCAUCAAAGAACUGCAAGGCAUCAGCCGUCUCCAGACUGAGAUUGCUGAGCUGCAGCAGCACUUGAGCCAAGUCCGGGGUUCUGUGGAUGAGGUCUCUAGCUGUGUAGACUCAGUACUGAGUGAAAUAGAAGGCUUGCAGGUGGGCAGCAGCUCCUUGGUCAAGGUGUGUGGGGGAGAAAAGGCCCAGGAACCCUAUUUAAACAGACCCAGUGAGGAAGCCAUUCUGUAUCUCUAUGGGCUUCCAGAACAAGAUGGGGAAAAUACCAUGGAGCUGGUGGACUGCUUCCUGGCCAAGCACCUCCGUGUUAAUGGUAUACAGUGCAAUAGAUACAUCAAAGAGGCUUAUAGGACAGGCAAAACCCCUGCCCCCAGGCCUACUGUUGUGAAGCUUGCACAUCUAGAGCAUAGAGACUUCAUCUUGCAGGAAUCAAUCCUCUUGCAGAGUGUAGGGGUCCAGAUUGCCACCAAAGAAGAACCAAGCUGGUCAGGGGAUUAUAAAACCCCUCAAAAGGAGUCCAUAUCAUUUUUGCAACAACAGCUUCAGGAUCACAGUUGGAAUUCUGUAAACCAGGAUGAACAAGUUCUUCAGAGGGAAACAGUGGACAGAGGACCCAUUACAGAAGCAUAUAAAUUGAGGGCUCAGAAUCAACGCAGAGAACCCCAGGCUCCUGCUCAGCAAGGUCUUUGCUUCCUACCCAAGAACAAUUUAGCAAAGCAAAUUGAAGUUUCUAAGCCAGACGAAAAAGUAAAAGGAACAUCAGGAAAUUCCCAAGUUGUCAGUGGCAGUUGUGGUGAACUUUCAGGGAGAGAGGCUUCUCUGUCUACUUUCCAUCAAUUUGAGGAACCUUCCCUAUUGUUAAUCUCGAAAGAGGAGGAUUCUGGGCAAUCCAUGUUUUUCAAACAGUACAGCCAAGGACUAGAAGCAUGUAAAGUAUCAAGAAGAGAAAAUGACCGCAGCAGUAAAAGUGAGGCCAGCACCUGUUUGUCACUGUCUGGAUUGCUGAAGACAGAGAGAAUAAAUGCAGAGGACAAGCUCCUGGGCCAUGAUGCGGGGCUUGAUAUUCUGAGCUCAAAGCAGCUUGAAGACCUUUUGAAAGACAAGUCUGGAAAAUGUGCAACUCUGAGCUGUGACAGUAUGAUGGAGGAAAUUAGCAUUGGUUCUGAGACCUUCAGUGACAUGGUUCAUAUUGACCUGAUUGAGGAAGAGGAAUGUGCUGCUCGGGUCCUUAAGGAUGUCUUUGACAAGUCCUCUUGUAUUCUGGGUACCUUGCAGGAGGAGGAAGAUGUGGAAAUCAAGUUUUACAGAAGUAAACUGGGCAGAGCAAUUCAUCACUUCCGUUCAGCUCUGCAGGGGGUGUUUCAGAAGCUGGAGAACAGUGAGUCCAUCAGUACUGAAGACCUGGAAAGCAGUGAAAGUGGUUCCCAGUCAGAGAACAGUGAUAAACUUCUUGGGACCAUGAAUUCAGAGGGUGGCCAGGAUUGCUCAGUGGAGAGCCCUGAGAGUCAAGGGAGUGAGAGCUUGCUCAGUGUCUUCUCUGCUGGAGUGCCCAUUUCCGCAUAUGGAGAUCAAACCCCUCAGGACCCCAAGAAACUCUCUCUUGCUUCUGAUAACUCACCUCUUGCAUAUGCUUUGCCAGGUUUUGCUCUGGCUCCAUGUCUAGGAAACAAGACAUAUUCCAGGCCAGAAUCUCCUAAGCAUGCUAGACUAAGCCUAGAACAAGUGUGUGCAGAGACCAUCUACCUCAACAAAUGCAUCAACAAUUUUAAAAAUGUUCUAAGAGAGAAAAGACUGAGGCAGAAGAAACUUUUGCAUGAGCUAAUACAGAAGGCAAACCAUCUCUCAAUAGAAGACAUGCACUCAGGUAUUCUAACAUUCUGUUUAAUGGGGUGCCAGCUGACUGGGUGUGGCCUCCUUCUGGCCAGCAUGAAACCCAGUAUGGUGGUGAAUUCCACAAAGUGAUGGAGAGGUCUACAGCUUGAAUCAAUCUAAAUUACUCUAGUACAGAUUUUAGAAUAAUCCUGUGGGGAUUACAGUGAAAAAGGUUCUAAAGCAAAAGAAAGUUCCUGUUCUCAGGGAGCAUCCAGUCUAUUUGAGAGGGAUUACCGAAAAUACCUUUUCAAAAAGAAGUAGGAACAUCUGGGAGAAAGUUUAGAGUUGCAGGACUUUUAGGAUUUUGAGACUGUUUAGUUAAAGUAGAAGUGAGCUUGGGAGACAGGAAUGAGGCAUAUUUCCUCAGGGAUACUAGAGGGACUGAGAAAGAAACCCAUGCUGCAUUUUAAAAUUAUUUUCCAUGGAUUUCCUUUUUUUUCAGCUUUUUUAUUU